CGCGCCGACACACUGGCCCUUACCGUCAGUAGGACAGGCCUGUCAGCCGCUGCGCCGUCGUCAGUCUAGUGCUGCUCUGCUCCAACCCUUCAGUCUUCCGCAAAAAUUCCAGUGAGUGCUUCUUCUUCCACAACACAAUUCCAUGACAGCAAUGUGCAGGUGAUGUUGCGACGGUCGCACCACAGCUUGCCAUGGACCAACAGAGUGAUGUCAACACCAAUGAUAUGUCUUCUGAGGGACCACAGCACCAAGAACCUAUGCUGACGAUGGCGGAAACACAGGAUGUCCGAGCUAGGAAAAAAUACAGCAGCGGAGAUAACAGUGGCGCAGCCAAAUUUCCAGAUGAACGUGAAACAAAUAAUGGUUCUGAUAAUAAGCAACAAUGUCAGCAACAAACAAAACAAAUAUCUGAGGAUGUAAAAGGUAUUGCAACUGAGAGUAAAAUUUCUUCUUCUGACAUGCAACUACUAAAAUGGAAGGAUAUGCCGAAGCAUCUGCAGUUCAAUCCCUACAUACUGACUGGAUACAGACCUCUGUCAGAUGCUUGGGGAUGCGUCAAUAGUAUUACUUAUAUGCAUAACGAGACAUUUAACAUCGUCUCUCAUGCCAUCCCUAUCUUGUACAUCCUGUUGACGGUGCCUCAGAUUCUACCAUGGGAACAGACCGAAUUGAGCUUCCUUGCCUGGUGUCACAUCGCUGGUAUCCUGUGUCCUUGGGUGGGCAGCUUCCUUUACCAUCUCUUCAUGAACCUUCGACGUGGGCCGCGCACCUACUACUUCCUUUUACAAGUCGACAUGGUUGGUAUUUGGGUCAGCCAAAGUUUUGGUGCGAUGCCUAUGAUAUUCGCUACAACGUAUUGCCUUCCAAAUCACAUUAAGACGUUUCUAAUAACGUGUUAUUGCCUUUUUAGUAUAUGGGGAUUAUAUAAGGCACUGAUAGCUUGGUCGCCUUGGGAGAGAAGAUUGUGCUUCCUUUUGCCAUUUGUGAUGCGUAUUUUAGUAUGGUUUCUUCGACUGUCUAAAUUGGGCGGAGGAGAUCCAGCAGCUUUUGUUCAUGUGAUAUUGCAGGAUGUCGUAUCAAUAACAGGCGGCGCGAUAGGCGCACUCCACAUCCCUGAGAAAUGGUACCCUGGUGCAGUGGACAUGUAUCUGAACUCGCACAACAUCAUGCACGUGAUGGUGGUGGCAGCCGUGUAUUCCAUGCACACAGCGACAAUGCGCGACCUUGCUUGGAUGUCCAAAGUCAAGUGUACUGCCGCCUAGCGCCUGAAGUUCCUGCGCAGAUCUGCAAAGCUGAUGAGGAUAUCCAUGUUGACAUCAUCUACUUGAUGACAGGUUUCUGGUUAAAUGUCGGUGUUGAUUGCCAUAAAUACGUUACUAUUGAAGUUGUUUCUCUGAUCGGGUUAAUAAGGUCGCAACAUUGAACUUGGCGAUAUUUUUUAUUACAUCAAAAUGUGUGUUCAUAUACAAAAAUUCAACGGAAGUUGAUUACUAGCUAUCUGUUUUUUUUUUUCAGGAGAUUCAUUUUUUCAGCACAUUGAUGGUUUCGCUCCAAAAAUAUUGACAUCCCCAUCAAAGAUCGCAAAAAGACAAUUUGGUAUUCAAAUUCGCGCAUUUUUUAUACAAAUAAAAAAUUUAUUUUUCGAAAGAUUAGCUUAAUAGCUUAAAACGCAAAAGGAUUCAUUGGUUUUAUAUAUCACAUAUUUUUUCAAUUGCGCAUCUUUUGUCAAGAAUGAGCUAAUAACCUUAUUGAUAAGGGAUGAAAUUAAUAAGCCUAAUGUGACAACACUCGUCAGUAUGUCACUUUUUGGAACCUUGCUUAACCUCAUCCAUUUUUGUCUGGCAGUUUUCCUCCAUUUGAUUGUUCAACUUUUCCCUUUGCAUGCGAGGUCUUGACGUCAAUAUUGGCAGUCUAUUCCAAGAGGAGUUGAACUUAUUCGAAUUAUAAUCGCUUGCAUUGCAGCCGUUUUUUAUUGCUUCUUAACUAAGUGGUUUGGAAUAAUUUUAGCUUACAAUUUAACUGUAUUUGUUUUUAUUUUCUGGGGAAGUCCGUUUUCUAUCUAGGAUUAUCUGUCACAAAACGUCAGCAUAUAAGUACAAUAAAAUGUGCAUUGUAGUUAAAAUAAAUGAAGAAAGGGGACUGAUUCAAAACGAGGCAGUCUUGUCAAAGAUUUUAAGCUUUUAUUAUAAAGAUGAAUCAAAUAAUUAUACCAGUAUAGGAAGUUAAAGUUGCUAUACUUUGGUGUCAUUCAGUAACAUUGUCACUGCUACAAUAUGCGGCGAAUGUUUGAUGUUCUUAAUCCUGAACUAGGUAUUAGGAUUACGACAUCAAAAGUCAAAGCAUGACACCAAGCAGCAACGGACUAUUUAGUGACAUUUAAAAUAUGCUUCCUUAAAGUAAUAAGUAAGGUUGGUUAUAUAAUUCACAGUUAGAACGGACCAAGCAAUACGAUUGAAACAAGAUGGACUAUGAAAUCGUUAUGAGACUCUAAUCAGACAACUGAAAAAUUACCACAAAGAAUUCGUUUGCUUCUUAGCUAUCUACGUUGGACGCCAACGUGAUUAGGUAUUGAACAUCGAACAACUCUUAGGGUAUUCCUAAAUUUGGGACUUUCCUUUACACAGCGUAGAGGCCAUGUCAAAAUAAGUAAAUUUUCCUAGUAACACCGCUUUUGCAGAUUUGACUUCAAGAUGUUUUCUAUUAAUGAUAUACACUUAAUAUUUUAUUUUCUUGCAAGAACCGGCCAAGUCCGUCCAUUUUUUUAGGCGAAUUUAGUUAUCAUAUUUUUACCCAGUUUAGAAUUACCUAUCGGGCUAUACAAAAACGAGACAUGUAACCCUAAAAAUAAGCAAUUUAGAAAUGUACUGGUGGGUAACUUUUUUUUGCUCUCCUGUAAAAUUAUAAAAAAUGGACUCGACUGGUUCUAGCAUUGGAACGACUGACGAUACGGCCCUAAAUUAGGCGCCGGCGUCAGCGUAUAUACUCUAUGUUAACCGAGACUGCUUACAAAGGGAAUGAUUUCCAUUUUCCAUUCUGAGCUGCGUAAGUUUGUUUGCCUCGUACAAAGGCCGUUUGUAGAAAAGUCGAAGUGGACAUAGCAAAGGACCUAGACAUCCAGGAAUGUUGCAACUUAAAAGUUACCAAACUUGUGUUUUUGAAUCGAACGACAUCUUUGAGCAGUAUCGACAAGCAACAUGUGACAGGGUGGUACUUCAAAUUUCUUAUCAAGUACUUAAUUUGUUAUCUCACGUAGUUGUUCCUGAAAAGGAAAGUCCCAGCUGUCAGAACACCUUGCCUAUAGCAAUAGCACAGCUGAGACUAAAUGGGAACCAUAUAUUUAUUAGGAGCAGAGUCAGUCUGACUUAAUUUCCCAAAUUGUUUGAGGGUGCUUGGGCUAACAAAGUCCAAAUAUGGAAACUUAUAAUGAUUAUGUUACUAGAUUAAACAUAUUUUAGAAAAUUUUCAAAAUUUUAUUUUAAAUAGAUCUCAAAUUUUAAACUAUGUUAGUACUUUGAAAAACAAAAUAUAUUCCCGUAUGUUACAUCGCACCACGUAAAACGUUCAUAGGUUUCCAGUAUAAUUAUAAGCAACAUUUUUAGAAAAUGGUUCUUUUUAGUGUCUUUAAGAUCCACACGUAACAGCUCCGCAGCAUAAACCAUUAGCUAUUGAAGGCUAAUUCAAUGUCAAUUUGAUAAUACAAUUGAGUAAUAUAGUAAUGUUUUCGAUAAUAUAAUAUGAAUGCGACUUAUAUUGUUGAUAUCCUAGAGUAUUUCUGUUAUUUGCUUUUGGAUUUGUAGACCACGAUACAUAUAUUUUCUAAGUCCAUCUGAAAAUGAACCUCAAUUCCUUGGUUGGACUAUAGUAGAGUUAAUUCUUCUAAGUCACUUAUAACGUUAAUUAACGUAUAUAUAUAUAUAUAUAUAUAUAUAUAUACUACAGAGAAACGCCUGUGACAAAUUCUCAUAGGUGAUGUGAAGAUAUCUCAUUUUAUCUCGAAUAAUUUUUUGGAAGCGCGGAUAUAGCAUUAGGUUGGAUAUCUUUACGUAGAAUACGUUAAUUAAUGCUAAUAAUGAUAUCUUCCCACUGGAUUAUUCCAAUGUUUAUAGCAUAUUUUUCACUAUAAUAUAUAUAAAACAUUAAAAACGCAAUGAUUAGCGCAAACUUCUUCAAAACAGAUUUUGUUUCUCAGGAUUUCAAACAUGACAUACAUGUCACAAAACACGAUAUUGAAAAGUAAUACUAUUAAUAUACAAUUACGAUUCUUCAGAGCAUGAGGGCUGUCCAAAAUAUUUAGCUUUCAAUUAUAUGAAGGAGCAAUAUAGUAAAAAUGAUGGGUAUACGUGAAUAUAAAAUAUUGUUUUUGUUAUAAUUUACAUAUAAUGUAAAACAUGAACGCUAACUUUAGGACUUUUUUGGACAGAAUAUGAAACUAAUAUAAAAAGUAGUCACAAACCAUAGCUUAGAUAAUUUGAAGAUAUAUUAUAGAGUAUAUAUAUAUUAAAAAACUUGAGUCUAGCUUCUCAGUUGAGUGACACAUAGAAUUCAAUAGCAAAAUAUCACAAUAUAAACUAUGAUUUGUCAAUUUUAUGUGAAAUAACACAAGACUAGGUGUUACUAGAGUUUGAGCAAUAUAACAUAACGUAAAGAGAGAUAUUAGAGAGGUUUAGCAAUCACCAAGUAACUCAUAUGUGAAAUGUGAAAAACGUUAAUUUGACAUUUAAGCCAAUGAUUUACGUAUGACAGAUGUCAAAAGAGGUUGACGUUAACGUUUAUGUAUGCGGUACUUCAAUGCGUUAUAGGUAGUACCCAGCAUCGGUGAGUUCUGACUAAUUAUGAUAUGUUACUAAAACUCUCGAGAACAUCUUAGCCCUGCGUUGCUUCAAAAUAUAUCAGUUUGAAAAUGUUACACAAUUAAAGUACAACUGUACAUUUUCUCAAAUUAUAUUGAAUUUGAUAAAAACUAUUUGAACGCCGCCAUUUUGAACUGAAUCCUGAUAAAUCUCUCGCCGUUAAAUGAAACCACAUACCUGUAUGUAAAGUACAAAUAAUAAAGUGACGAUGACAAUAUAUUUUAUACACUACUAAACAGUAUGUAGGAACAAUAGCCUGAACAGUCCUUUACCAUACCGAGAUCGCGUGAAGCCAUCAUUUCAAUUUUAAAAUAGACCGCGCAAAUCCAGUAAAGUCCAGCACCGCCUGAGGUAGGCAUUCCUACUCCCAAAGCCAUCCAGCCUCUUCAAAAUGACAACUGAAUGCGCUUUUGUCCGAUGUAUUGGAUGUACCAAAUACGCUCAUCUCAGCGAAAACACCAAUCGAUAGCGCAAAAACCCACCCAGAACUGUUAUUGCAACACAUUGUAUAGUAGUGGCAAAAACAAAUGAACUGUCACCUCGAAGACAGAUAAAUAUAAAAUAUAUUGUCAUUAUCACUUUUUUUUACAAAACAUGGAGAUUUAUCAGUAUGAAACCACAUGAUAAAUUUAAAAUGUUAAACAGAAUCUUGUAAUAUAUGACACUGAAUGUGGGAUUUUUAGCCCCAUUUCAAAACGGUAUAUUUUAAAUCGAUAAAGAAAAAACGAGUUCAAUACUUUCGUUGAUAACCGGUAUGUUGAACUCAUCUCUAUAGGUUCCGUUAGAAUGCAGUUUCGAAAAUUUUACCUGCUAAGUACAAUUUCGGUUACAACUUUUAUGACCUUCCUGUCAAAAAAAAAUCGUUCAAUAGAAUAGCUGAUGUUAAAUUGUAUUUAUGUUGACUUUCAAACACGUUAGAGAAAUAUAAUAGUUUAAUAAAUUUAAUAAAAAUAUUUAUAUAAGAUUCGAUAUUUUAUAU